AUGCCUCCGAUAGGAAUCAUCAUCACUGUCUCUGUUCUGGUGGCAGCCAGCAUAGCGGCAUAUGAGAACCCUCAAGUGCGAGCAUGGAUAGAGCGGACAAGACACAGGAUAGCCAUGGGCCUGCACUCCCUCGGCGACGAGAUUGGCCCGAGACCCCGUCCUCGACGCACUUCGACAGACGUCUCGAUGCAUGAAGAGAAGGGCGAACUGGCCGAAGAGCGUCGACGUCAAGCAAUCGCUGACAUCAUGGAGCGAGGACGGAUCAUGGAAGAGAGGAGGAAGAGAAGAAGGCUCACGGAUCAAGAGAAGGAAAUACCGUCUAGCCCGACUUUUGAUACUCUGGUGGACCAGAAUGGUAUUCUACUGCAACCGGCACAAGAUGAACAAACAGCCCCAGCAACACACUUCUCUGGCGCCGAACCCUCAGCGCAGUCCGCCACUCUGCGGCAGAGACUCGUCCCUUUGCAACCAGAUCAGUCACCGCCCACUCUGCAUCUGUCGACCGCCGCCCCCGUUUCUGCGAGGGCGCUCGAUGAAACUCCUCCAAAUCCAUUCGAGUCAAGAUACGAGCGGGAGAUGCGCGAAGCAUGGAAUCUACCUUUGAUUGAACGACCAGUUGAAAUCCUGUCCAGCCAUGCUUCAGAAAGCCUGCUUGAGCUUACACCCACGACGGAAAGUGCUCCUGAUCCGGACUUCUCUAUUCCGUCUGCCGAUUACCUUCGCCGCCCACAAGAUCGAUCAGAGUAUUUCUCUGUGGCGGAUUCAGUCUCGUCGCAUACGCUUUCCGAACAUGAGUCGCAAGCAUCCCUCCCUGUCCAGAGCACAUAUUUAGAUGCAUCUCGAACUUUUGUCAUUGGUGCAGCCCCUCUGAAUGCAACACCCCCAGCCUCGGCGACGCCCAGCAUGGCUGAUAGUGCAGGUCAUAUCAACGCCAGUGAGGCAGAAGACAGUUCUGACGACAUCCUCAGUGACUUUGCAGAUGGGAUACGUACUCCCUCAAGCGCUUGGACCGACGUUGACAGCACCGUUAGCGGGGAUUUCCACUUGUAA